GUGGACAAGGAAUGGCAGCAUCUCGCCAGCUUGGCUUGCUGCUUUAAGGCGAGAUGUCAGGACUUCUUCAUUUGCUGCUGCUGGGGCAAGGGUACUAUUUAUGUGGGUUUGUUUGAGGGCUGCAUUCCUGGUGAAGUAGUCCAUCAAACCGCUAUUAUUCAGCUGGAUGAAAGCUUGAGGAACUUUAGACGGAGAGAAACAUCCAGCUCACCCAUUUGGGGGGGAUUUAUAAAUGACACGAAGGAAAUAAAAUGCUGAUAUAUUGGUGCAGGGCGCCACCAGCCCAGGACGAUGCAAGCCCACGAGCUGUCCCAGUACUUCCGGAUGCCAGAGAUGGUUGACUUCCGGCAGUACGUGCGCACCCUUCCAACCAACACACUCAUGGGCUUCGGAGCGUUCGCAGCGCUCACCACCUUCUGGUAUGCCACGCGGCCGCGGGCCCAGAAGCCACCGUGCGACCUGGCCAUGCAGUCGGUGCAGGUGGCGGGCAGCGAUGGUGCCCGGAGAUCCGUGCUCCUGGACAGUGACGAGCCCUUGGUGUAUUUCUAUGAUGACGUCAGAACGUUAUAUGAAGGUUUCCAGAGGGGCAUACAGCUGUCAAAUAAUGGCCCGUGUUUAGGCUCUCGGAAACCAGACCAACCCUAUGAAUGGCUUUCAUACAAACAGGUUGCAGAAAUGUCAGAGCGUGUGGGCUCGGCGCUGCUCCACAAGGGUUUCAAGGCGGCCCCGGAUCAGUUCAUCGGCAUCUUUUCUCAGAACAGACCUGAGUGGGUGAUCAUUGAGCAGGGUUGCUUUACUUAUUCGAUGGUGAGCGUUCCCCUCUACGAUACCCUCGGAGCAGAAGCAAUCACCUACAUCAUCAACAAAGCUGAACUCUCUCUGGUUUUUGUGGACAAGCCAGGGAAGGCCAACCUCUUAUUAGAAGGUGUAGAAAAUAAAUUAACACCAUCCCUUAAAACUAUCGUUCUCAUGGACUCCUAUGGCAAUAAUCUGUCGGAACGGGGCAAGAAGUGCGGGGUGGAGAUCAUCAGCAUGAAGGCGAUGGAGGACCUGGGAAGAGCCAACAGACAGAAGCCCAAGCCUCCAGCACCUGAAGAUGUUGCAAUAAUUUGCUUCACAAGUGGCACUACAGGCAAACCCAAAGGAGCAGUGAUCACCCAUCAAAAUGUAGUGAGCGAUUGUUCAGCAUUUAUUAAAAUGACAGAGGGUGCAUUCAUUCCUUCCUCAGAUGAUACUUUGAUCUCUUUCUUGCCUCUCGCCCACAUGUUUGAGAAAGUUGUAGAGUGUCUGAUGCUGUGUCAUGGAGCUAAAAUAGGAUUUUUCCAAGGAGACAUCAGGCUGCUGAUGGAUGAUCUCAAGACCCUUCAACCCACCGUCUUCCCUGUCGUCCCCAGACUGCUGAACCGGAUGUUUGACCGAAUUUUUGCUCAGGCAAACACCACGCUGAAGCGAUGGCUGUUGGACUUCGCCUCCAAGAGGAAAGAAGCCGAGCUUCGCAGUGGCAUCAUUAGAAACAACAGCCUGUGGGAUAAGUUGAUCUUCCACAAAAUACAGUCGAGCCUGGGAGGAAAAGUACGGCUGAUGAUCACAGGAGCGGCACCCGUGUCCGCCACCGUGCUGACCUUCCUGAGAGCCGCGCUGGGCUGCCAGUUCUACGAAGGCUAUGGACAGACCGAGUGCACUGCCGGGUGCUGCCUGACUGUACCCGGGGACUGGACCGCAGGCCAUGUUGGUGCCCCAAUGCCUUGCAGCAUUAUAAAGCUUGUCGAUGUGGAAGAAAUGAAUUACAUGGCUGCCAAGGGCGAGGGCGAGGUGUGUGUGAAAGGGGCUAAUGUAUUUCAAGGCUACUUAAAGGACCCAGCAAGCACAGCAGAAGCUCUGGAUAAAGAUGGCUGGUUGCACACAGGGGACAUUGGAAAGUGGUUACCAAAUGGCACCUUGAAGAUCAUCGACAGGAAAAAGCACAUCUUUAAACUGGCACAAGGAGAGUACAUAGCUCCGGAGAAGAUUGAAAACAUCUACCAGCGAAGUGAACCUGUCGCUCAGGUGUUUGUCCACGGAGAGAGCUUGCAGGCAUUUCUCAUAGCAAUUGUGGUACCAGACAUUGAGACGCUAGGUCCCUGGGCCUGGAAGAGAGGCUUUGAAGGCUCCUUUGAAGAACUGUGCAGAAACAAGGGUGUCCAAAAAGCUGUUCUGGAAGACAUGGUGAGACUUGGGAAGGAUUCUGGCCUAAAACCAUUUGAACAGGUCAAAGGUAUUAGUCUCCACCCUGAAUUAUUCUCUGUCGACAACGGCCUUCUGACCCCAACGAUGAAGGCUAAAAGGCCAGAGCUUCGGAAUUAUUUCAGGUCACAGAUCGAUGAACUUUAUUCCUCCAUCAAAAUCUAAUGCAAGGAAGGAAGCUGGGAAGAGGCCGCAUGCUUCCGCGGUCUUCUCCCGCCCGUGGCCUCCGCGGGUAGUUUUGACAACAGCAAGUAGGGAAGGAGCGUCUUUGUCUGCCUCGUGCGUUCAGAUUCUCGUCAUAGGAAGCUUAGAGGGAAUGGAACACUGCCUUAUGGUCACCUCGCAUUGCAGACCAUGUUCACGGUGAUAUACAAUUUCCAAAAUGAGCCUUAAAAAAAUUGUAAAGGGGAAACUAUAAAUGUGCUAAGUUAUUUACGACUUCCUCAGUUUAAAAAGAGGGUGAAAACUUGUCUCCCUGUUUUGCUAACCAGGUGGUUAGGACUUUGCUAUUUCUGAGAUGUCUGCUACUGGCUGCAAAUUCUGCAGGUGUCUGCUGCUCUGAAGAGUACCAUGCACUGGAGGGAACCGUCCCUUAUAAACAAGAACUGGCCCAGCUGCCGGAGGUCGCAAGUGGACCAGAGGGUUUUUCUUAAUCCCUCCACCGUCCCCUCCCCAUCUCACGUGACCCUUCUGAUUAACCCGUCAUUCAUGUUGGAGCAGAGGAUGGACGUAACUCAGAACAGCGCAGGUACGGAUGGAUGGCCGCUCACCAGAGCGGGUGGAUUCUGGCGUCCACAGAGCAGAAUAUUCGCUGAUCCUCUUCUCCAGACCCGAUUCCCUCCCUC